GUGAUCAAAGACUUUAAAGUAGAAACUGUUUUGGUAGAAAUGAGGUGAAAGACUGAAAACAUUUGACUAAAUGAAUAAUCAUCAGGAAUCAUUGAUUGAAAUGUGUCUUUAGAUAGAAUUAGAAAAGACUAUUGCUUUAAUCCUCUUUACUCAUUUCUGGAUUGGAUUCUAGUUUGGAUUGGACUUUUAUUUUGAAAGGAUUUGUCUUUGGUCCAAUCAAAGUCCCAUGUCCUUUGGUCUGAUAUCUAUGUGGACAGAAAUACUUUGGAUCUUUUAGAAGCAGAAAUCAAACAUUGAGAAGACAUUUUCACUUGGAGGUAAAGACUCAGAUUUAGAAAAGUUUCUUCCUGUUUUCUUUGUUUCCAGGUGAACCAAUCAUUGCUGCUCCUGGUGAUGAUGUCAUCCUGCCGUGCCGCCUGGACUCUCAGGAGGAUCUGCAGGAUCACAGCGUGGAGUGGAUCAAAGAGGACAUGAAGCGUUUUGUAUAUCUGUACUCGGAUGGACAGACCAUAACUGAACACAUGAACGAGUCGUUGAUCCCGAGAGUGUCUCUGGACCAAGACGGACUAAAACGAGGAGACGUGACGUUAAAGAUCAGGAACGUGUCGCUCCAGGAUGAGGGGAAGUACAGAUGCUUCAUUCCUGGGAAGAACUUCAGGGAGACGGUUCAGCUGGUUGUUGAGCCAAACGGAGUCAGAGCUCCAACCAUGGAAACAUCCCAGGUUGACAUCAUCUCCACUCCAGAUCCAGGAGGAGACCGGAUCUGGAUCAGUCGCUCCAGACCGGCUCUCUGGAUCCUUCUUGGACUUUUUCCCUCAGUGAUCCUCUCUGGUGUUUGUGUUUGUGUCUGUCAGAGGAAACAACCAGAAGGUCAGAAUCCUCCUCUGGUCUGAAGACAUCCCAUCUCUCCAAAGCUGCUUUGAUCGUCUUCAAGGAUUGAAGAGACUUUCUGAAGCUGCAGCCACAUGGAGACGCUACACGCCCGUCACCGCUGUGUUACCGUGGAUGGAAACUGGUCCAUGAAGACGUGAUGAUGCUCUGGUUCUGACCCGUUUCUGCCUGAUGGUUGGAACUCCUUCAUUUAUCUGGAGAACCUUCUGGAUCUGUUUCUGCGGUUCUCAACUCCUGAACUCUGAAGGUGUGCUGGAUCACCGUAAAGUCUGAAGGUCUGAGGUUUAGGACGAUGUUUGUGGAUCUCAGUGGUUUGAAGUGUUGAUCCAGGUUGAUCUGAAGUGUUGAGAGUUUGGUUCAUGUUCUCCUUCAGGAACCGACCCACAGCAGGUCUGUUCAGGUUCCUGUGGUUCUUGGUGUUCUUCUAGACAACAUCAAAGGUGUCUGUGAGCUAAAAUGUUGGAAGUUCUACCAGAACAAAGUGAAAUGAACACAGACAGACAGUUGAAACCUGAGAGUCUCAGGGUUUUUUCAAACUGAAAGUGACCUCAAGAGGUCGUGUCAUAAAGGGGAGAUAUUGUGUUGUCUGAAAGAAUAACCCGUCCCUGGUAUUUAUUAUAGGACUAAGCUGUGAUUUUUUUUGGUGCUAUUUUCCUGAAGCUGCUCUGAUAUUUAGACUCUUAAACCGCACAGUUCAAAACUUUUACAUUUAUGUAUUUAAUCAAUGUGUUGUGGGCCGUCAGGGCCUUCAAGACCUUCUCUGAAGGCCUAAAAAAUAACUGAAUCAUGUUGUCAGUGUUCUGACUUUUCCCUAACAAAGAGAAGAACCACACAGGAGAUGAGAAUUUUUGCCAGACUUUGCAGAAAGAGGAGCUUGUCUGUCACAGAGGAGUUCUGCCUUCCCACGUCAUUGUUUUCUUACUGAAAGAUAGAAUUCAGACCAUAAUAUUAUGGUGAUUAUAGCGUGUAAGCAAACGAUAAUUACGUAACCCUAACACAUGUAGUAAUAAUAUUUUGUCCAUGCAUACUCAUUCAAUCAUCCCAAAUGGUCCGUCCAUUCCCUUUUAUUGUGUUUAUGACGGUUAUGCUGCUUCCAGACAGACGUAUUUUUGCAUUGGACUAUUUAACCAAUCGCAUUUCAGCUGUACUUUUUUGCCAGGCAGGGUAAGGACCUUCACUCUCUGUUCUGAAGGUCCUGUGAUGCGAAAUCAAUGUCGGUCAUUCAUUUCUUUCAACCAAUCAGAUUUUGAGAUGGUGUCAGCAGGGCCUUCUAGCAGGCCUAUGCAAUGUCCCACUUUUCAGACCUUCUGAUUGGACAGAAGUUUCAGGAAGUCACAUGCAGCCUCGUCCAGUUUGACACAGAUCCACAGAGAACUUCUGGAUCGGUUAAACAGACUGACUGUGAUGUACUCCAUGGAGGAUUUAGUUAGGUUUAAGGUGAAAACCCAAGUGAAGGCAUUUAUUAUGAUAAAUACCAUAAUAAAUAAUAUUCAUAAUGUAUGUGAUUGUUUUCAAUGUGUUUGUGCUGGCUGUAGUUGCAUGGUGAGAUUUCUUUAGUUUUGUUUAUCCAGUUUAUUUAGAGAAAUAAAAAUGGUUCAUGAAGGGUUAAAUGAUUCAGACGUAGCUCUACUGAAGGCCCAGGUGUGUAAUGUACGAUCCACCACUGGAUUUAAGAGAGAAAUGUCACAGCAGAAAAACAACAGUGAAGGUAAAACUGUGAAAUCAAUAAAAAGAUGAACCCUC